CUAAACAUGUUCCGCCUCUUAUUUGACAAAAAGAAAGAUCAUAUAAGUGGUUGUGAGAUGACCCAAGCAUAUUUCGGGUGAGAAAAUUAAGGUGGAAGAAGAAAGUAAUUAGGGAAGGAGGUGAUGAAUAUGGAGGGAGAAUCUCUAGCCCUGAUGACUCCAUACAAGAUGGGCCAAUUUAAUCUUUCUCACAGGGUAGUUUUGGCACCGUUAACGAGACUGAGAUCAUACAAUUGUGUGGCACAACCACAUGCCAUUUUGUAUUACUCCCAGAGAGCAGCAAAAGGUGGCUUUUUGAUCGCAGAAGCCUCUUUAAUUUCGGAUGCAGCUACAGGAGGCCCAAACAUGCCUGGGAUUUGGACGAAAGAAUAUGUGGAGGCAUGGAAGCCAGUUGUGGAUGCUGUUCAUGAGAAAGGAGGCAUUUUCUUUUGCCAGCUUUUCCAUGCUGGCAGAGUCUCUAACUAUGAUUAUCAACCUAAUGGUCAACCUCCAAUCUCAUGUACCGACAAGGCGAUAAUCAGCAAAGUCCACAUUGGUGGCUCUGGAGGAGCAGAAUUCUCACCUCCGCAUCGGUUAUCAGUUGAAGAAAUAUCACAAGUUAUCAAUGACUUCAGAAUUGCAGCAAAGAAAGCUAUUGAAGCAGGUUUUGAUGGGGUGGAGAUUCACGGAGCCAAUGGGUACCUAGUUGAUCAAUUCAUGAAGGACCUAGUGAACGACAGAACAGAUGAGUAUGGAGGAAGCUUAGAAAACCGUUGUCGUUUUCCACUAGAAGUUGUUAAAGCAGUUGCAGAUGAGAUUGGAGCAGACAAGGUUGGGAUUCGGCUUUCCCCUUUUGCAGACUACAACGAGAGUGGAGACUCGAACCCAGAUGCUCUUGGCCUAUACAUGGCCCAGGCAUUGAACCAAUAUGAAAUACUCUAUUGUCAUGUGAUAGAGCCAAGGAUGAUCACACAGUUUGAGAGGAUAGAGACCAAAACUAGUUUGUUGCCCAUGCGGAAAGCUUUUGGGGGAACUUUCAUUGUUGCCGGCGGCUACAAUAGAGAUGAUGGAAAUGAAGUAAUCGGCAAUGGUGGUGCCGAUCUGGUGGCGUUUGGGCGCUGGUUUUUGGCUAACCCAGAUUUGCCAAAAAGGUUCGAACUUAAUGCUCCCCUCAACAUGUAUGAUAGAAGCACCUUCUAUUCACAAGACCCUAUCAUUGGAUAUACAGACUAUCCAUUUCUUGAAUCCACUUAUCAGCAUUAAGCUACGGGGAAGGAAACAGCAAGAAUAAGGGCUGGCGAAACCCAAACCCCACACUACACUUUACAUUCAAACAGAACAAUGUAUGAGAAUAUUCUGCAUUCACAUAGUAGUUUCUGUAUGAGAAGAGUACUGUGGAAAUCUUUGUCAUUUGACAAUUACACCAGAAAAUAGGAACUCCAUCAAACAUA